AUGAAGGAUAUCGACAGGCGCAAGAUGGUGGAGGAGAAAUCAGAAGGCGUUGUUGCAACAGAGCUCAAAGUCUAUCAGCAGAUGGCCUCCUGGGAGAAGGAGUGCAAUGGAAAGGCAUUCCUCAUGCAAUUAGAGAUGUGUUUUUCAACACACAAUAACAUCUAUUUUGUCAUGGACUUGAUGGUUUUUGACCUCCAGAAGCUCAUGGCUGAUGAGCCUGAAUUCAGUUUCGAGAACACUCCUAGAUUGAGUGCUCAGAUGGCCCUUGACAACAUUCUAAUAGAUUCCUGCUACAACGUCAAAAUCACAGAUUUUGGGGUCUCCCAUCUGCACAGGAUGCCUUUGGAACCAGGGGAAGGGUAUAUGUUGGUCUAUGUGGAAUCCCCCGUGUAUAUGGCACCUGAAGUAAUGUUUAACGAGGGUGACAAAUAUGGAUGGGCAGUAGACUGGUGGUCUUUUGGAUGCAUCCUUUAUGAGCUCAUUUCUCCAGGGCACAAGAGGCUCUUCAUCAUGUUGGAUGAGAUAGACGCCUAUAUCAAGUCGUCCACUUCCAAGGUGUUUGAGGAGCUCAACCCAUGCAUGGGUAGCUUAGUGUCGAUGCUGCUCAAACCCAUUGACUGCCUGUGA